CUCUCACAUACACACACACCCAUUGCCUCUACAAACUUUGCCCAAGUUUUUUUUUUUUUUUUUAACAUCCUUUGAAGAAUUUCUCAAGCCGCCACUGCUACAAAGUUUUAACACUAGCAGAAGCGGUACACCCGAUUACAAUUAAACCAUGGCGCCCAACCUCGAGUGCCGAAUGUACGAAUCCAAGUACCCGGACGUGGACAAGGCGGUGAUGGUCCAGGUCAAGUCCAUCGGCGACCUUGGCGCCUACGUCUCCCUCCUUGAGUACAACAACGCCGAGGGCAUGAUCCCUCUGACGGAGCUCUCGCGACGCCGUAUAAGGAGCCUCAACAGCCUCAUCAAGGUCGGCCGCGUAGAGCCUGUCAUGGUCGUCAGCGUCGAGGCUGACAAGGGCUACGUCAAUCUCAGCAAGCGGAGGGUGGCGGAAGAGGAUGUUAUCGCGUGCGAACAUCGGUUUAACAAGAGCAAGCUCGUUCACUCGAUCAUGCGCCAUGUUGCUGAGACGAUGGAAGUCGAUUUGGAGGAUCUUUAUGUCCGAUUCGGAUGGCCUUUUUACCGGAAAUAUGGCCAUGCUAUUGAGGCGUUCAAGUCGAUUGUUAGUGAUCCUGAUUCCAUUAUUGAUUCCCUCAGCCGUGAAGUUAAGGAAAUCGGUCCCAAUGGAAAGGAGGUUACUAAGUUCGUUCCUGCUAUAUCAGAAGAAGUUAAAGAUGCUUUGGUGAAAAAUAUUAGGAGAAGAAUGACCCCGCAUCCUUUGAAGAUUCGGGCCGAUAUUGAGAUGAAAUGUUUCGAGUUCGAUGGUGUUCUUCACAUUAAGGGAGCAAUGCGGAAAGCUGAAGCUGCUAGCAACAAGGACUGCCCUGUUAAAAUUAGUGUUGUUGCUCCUCCAUUGUAUGCUCUUACUACCCAGACUCUUGACAAGGAACAAGGGAUAUCAAUCCUUGGUAAAGCAAUUGCAGCUUGCACGGAAGAAAUACGACGUCACAACGGGAAACUUGCUCUGAAGGAGGCACCUAGAGUCGUGAGUGAAAGGGAGGAGAGAUUGCUCGCUGAACAAAUGGAUAAGCUCGGCAAUGACAAUGAGGAACUUAGUGGCGAUGAAGACCAAGACGAAGAUGGAGGAAUGGGAGAGAUCGAUUUUGAGAAUCCGGCUUCUCAGAUAAUUUAGUGAAAAGCAGCAUACCAUUUUUGUCUCUUCAUUUAUAACAGUUACGUUUGUUCCUAACAUACCAUACGGGUAAUUAUCCAUUACUCUCGGUGCAUACUCUUAUGUAGGCCCUACACGUUAUGUGAGGGAAUAGAGUAUACACUGGGAGUAUUGAAUAAUUUCCUCAUACUAUAGGACAAGUUAUAUUUUAUAUAGAAAACCGGUAUAACAGUGGUGGCAUGUUGCCAUGUUGGUCAUCUAUUUACUAACUUGCUGGUGUUCAGCAGUGAUUGAAUUUUAGUAGAGUUUAAAAGAUACUGGCAUGCCAACUUAUUAAUCUCUCUCUCUCUCUCUCUCUCU